AAUACAAUUGCAAGCAAGAAAAGCUCAAGAUCAUGGCUUCUCUAUCCCCUUUGCUCCUCUCUAAUCGUCCCUUCUUCAGAUACAACGAUCCCAAAGCCAUCAAAUCAACAAGAUUUCCAAACUAUGCAUCUAGAGUGACAUGCAAAGCCAUGAAGGAUGAGAACAAAUUUGACCCUAAAACCCUGAAUCCUAACCUUGCAAGAAGAAACCUCCUCAUAGGGGUAGGAGGUCUUUAUGGUGCUACACUUCACCAUAAGGACCCAUUUUCCCUUGCCGCCCCGAUCUCGCCACCAGACCUUACAGCAUGCGGCCCGCCGGACCUCCCGUCCGGUGCUAAACCGACCAAUUGCUGCCCUCCACUCUCCUCAAACAUCAUAGACUUCACUCCUCCACCAAACACUACCUUGAGAACCCGACCAGCUGCUCAUUUAGUAGAUUCUACGUACGUAGAAAACUACAAAGAAGCUGUCCGUCGCAUGAAAGCUCUUCCACCGGACGAUCCUCGGAGCUUCACUCAGCAAGCCAACAUUCAUUGCGCUUACUGUGACGGUUCUUAUCACCAAGUAGGGUUUCCUGAUCUGGACCUGCAAGUCCAUAAUUCUUGGCUCUUCUUUCCCUUCCAUCGCUGGUACCUUUAUUUCUACGAGAGAAUAUUGGCCAGCUUGAUCAAAGAUCGUGACCCAAAUUUUGCUAUGCCCUUUUGGAACUGGGACGUACCGGAGGGCAUGCCGAUUCCGAACAUAUAUUCGGAUUCUAAGUCGCCACUUUAUGACGCUCUCAGAAACGCUAAUCAUCAGACGCCUAAACCUGUGGAUCUUAAUUUCAACGGCGUCGAAGACCAGACAAGUUCGGACGAACAAGUGGCCGCAAAUCUCAACAUAAUGUACAGACAAAUGGUGUCCGGUUCGAGGACUCCUUCCCUGUUCUUCGGACAAUCUUACCGCGCCGGAGAUGAGAGCGAUCCCGGAGGCGGCUCAGUAGAGAGCGUCCCUCACGGCCCGGUUCACGUCUGGACCGGCGAUAACACCCAACCGAACUUCGAGGACAUGGGAAGCUUCUAUUCCGCUGGAAGAGACCCCAUCUUCUAUUCGCACCAUUCCAACAUGGAUCGAAUGUGGGAGAUCUGGAAGACUCUGGGAGGAAGAAGACAGGACCUCACAGAUCCAGAUUGGUUGGAAUCCGGCUUCUUAUUCUACGACGAGAACAAGAACCUCGUACGCGUCAAAAUCAAGGACUGUUUAGACACCAGAAAGCUAGGCUACGUGUACCAGGACGUGAACAUCCCCUGGUUACAAGCCAGGCCUACACCUAGCAGAAGUAGGGUUUUGAGAUCACUGAAGAAAACAUUGGGUGUGGGUGCGGCUCAUGCGGCUAAUGGUGGGGGCGAUGUGAAGUUCCCUCUGGUUCUAGAAACGAGCGUGAGCAAAGUUGUGAAGAGAGAGAAGAAGGGAAGGAGCAGGAAGGAGAAGGAAGAGGAGGAGGAGGUGUUAGUGAUUGAAGGGAUUGAGUUCGAGAGGGACGUGGCAGUGAAGUUUGACGUGUAUGUGAACGAUGAAGACGAAGAUGGUGGCGGGCACUGUGGGCCCAGGAAGACUGAGUUUGCUGGGAGCUUUGUGAGUGUGCCACAUAAGCACAAGCACAGUAAGAAGGGGACGAAGAAGAUGAAGACGAAUCUAAGGAUUGGGAUCACAGAGUUGCUAGAGGAUUUGGGUGCUGAUGAAGACGAGAACGUGGUUGUCACUCUCGUGCCUCAGUUUGGAAAGGGCCAUGUCACCAUUGGAGGUAUCAGGAUUGAGCACCACUAGCGUGGGGGAUAUUUUAUGUCGAUUUUUCUGCUUUCAUUAUUUUAGCAUUAUUAAUUUCUUAAAUGUGACUAUCAUUAUUGACGUGGCAAUCAUAUGGGGUGUUAUUAAAGGAAAUACUUUUAGUUUAAUUUUUGAA